AUGGCGAGCGUGAACAAUGCGCAGCCAGCUCCACAAGCAGAGCUGGCAAAAGCCGUCAAAAAGCAGAUGAAGAUCUCUAAUAAGCACGAACAAAUCGAGGAAGAAAUGCCGCUUGAGUACACCCCAAAGCCGGCCUACUUCCAGUCGCGUAUCGACAUGUUUGAAAAGGUUCGGGCUGAGCAAGAGGCUGCAUAUGCCGCUGCAGACCAUUGCUCUAUCAAAAUUACGCUUCCAGAUGGCUCUCAGCGCGAAGGCACUGCGUUUGAGACGUCACCUAUGGAUAUUGCGCAGACCAUUUCGAAGAGCCUGAGCGAGCGUAUCGUGAUUGCGAAAGUGAACGGUGUCUUGUGGGACCUCGAGCGCCCGCUCGAAACUGAUGCGAAAAUCGAACUCCUCGACUUUGAGCACCCUGAGGGUCGGCGUGUUUUUUGGCACUCCUCUGCGCACGUCCUUGGCGAGGCUGCAGAGCGCCACUAUGGCUGCCACUUGUGCAUUGGCCCUCCUACGGACGAAGGUUUUUUUUACGAGAUGGGAAUGGGUGAUAGUGGUGAGCGUGUUACGCGCCAGGAAGACUUCAAACUGCUUGAGAAACUGGUCAGCAUGGCGAUCAAGGACAAGCAAAAGUUUGAGCGUGCAUUGAUGACCAAGGAACAACUCCUCGAGAUGUUCAAGUACAACAAGUACAAAACGUACAUCAUCAACAGUAAGAUCCCAGAUGGUACUUCGACCACGGUUUACCGCUGUGGCCCAAUGAUCGACUUGUGUGUCGGCCCACACAUUCCUCACACUGGUCGCAUCAAGGCGAUGUCGCUGCUGAAAAACUCUGCGUCCUACUUCUUGGGCGAUCAGACAAAGGACUCGCUUCAGCGUCUCUACGGUAUUUCAUUUCCCGACAAGAAGCAGAUGACUGAGUACAAACACUUUCUUGCCGAGGCAGCCAAGCGCGACCAUCGUAAGAUUGGGAAGGAGCAGGAACUGUUCAUGUUCCACGAGCUCAGUCCGGGGUCCUGUUUUUGGCUUCCACAUGGCGCGCGCAUUUACAACACACUACAGGACCAUCUCAAGGGCCAGUACCGCAAGCGUGGAUUCCAAGAAGUUAUCACGCCAAACAUGUAUAACUCAAAGCUGUGGGAAACUUCAGGCCACUGGCAGAACUACAAAGACGACAUGUUCUCGCUCGCCGUGGACAAGGAGACGUUUGCACUUAAACCAAUGAACUGCCCAGGUCACUGCCUAAUGUUUGCAAACAGGGACCGCUCCUACAAGGAGCUGCCGCUUCGCUUUGCAGACUUUGGUGUGAUUCACCGCAACGAAGCAAGCGGUGCGCUGAGCGGUCUCACCCGUGUGCGCCGUUUCUGUCAGGAUGAUGCACACAUUUUUUGCCGCACGGGUCAGAUUGAGGAUGAAAUGAUCAACUGUUUCAACUUUUUGAAGGCAGUGUACGGUCUCUUUGGCUUCACUUUCAAAAUGGAGCUCUCCACACGUCCGGAAAAAUAUCUUGGCGAUAUUGAGACGUGGGACGAAGCCGAGAAGCGUUUGGGCGCUGCGCUGGAGCGUUUCAUGCCCGGAAAAUGGGAACUGAAUCCUGGAGAUGGCGCAUUCUACGGCCCCAAGAUCGACAUUACGAUCAGCGAUGCGAUGCGCCGCCUGCACCAAUGUGCCACAAUUCAGCUCGACUUCCAGCUGCCGCAGCGAUUCAACUUGGAAUACAAGACUCCGGACGGCGGUGCAGGCUCCGACAAGCACACAGAGCGCCCUGUCAUGAUCCACCGUGCGAUUGUCGGCAGUCUCGAGCGCUUUAUUGCCAUCCUCACGGAAAACUUUGCCGGCAAGUGGCCCUUCUGGCUCUCUCCCCGUCAAGUGCUAGUGGUGCCGGUGACCACAAGCGUGUACGACUACGCCGAGGAGGUACGGAGCAAACUCUGGGACAGUGGCUUUUUUGCGGACGUGGAUAUCUCGGAUAACACGCUGAACAAAAAGAUCCGGAAUGGCGAGCUUGCGCAGUACAACUUUGUGCUUGUCGUCGGCCACGAGGAAAAAAAUAGCAAGAGCGUCAAUGUGCGCAACCGCGACACAGAUCCAGACAUGCCCAAAGGCAAGACGGAGACGAUUUCUCUGGACGAUGCCAUUGCAAAGUUCUUGCAUAUGAAGGAGACGCUUGCACUUUCAAACCAGCUACCAAGCAAUCCGUAG